AUGGGUCCACAUUAUCUACAUACAUUCGGUUACUAUUAUCUUGCUCCACCACGAGAUAAUCGAAGAAUCAAUCUGAAACGUCAAUCGAUCAUUAUCGAUGCAAAUUCAUUUAUGUAUUUUAUCUAUGAUCAAAUAUUAAAUGAGGCCGAGAGAAUAAAUAGAAAUCAGGAUUUAACCAAUAUUCUAUUUGAUUAUAAUGGUUAUUGGGAUUACUUGCGUGAAGUAUUAAUUAAAUUCAAAAAAAAUUGUUCCUCUGUUCUUGUUGUCUUCGAUGGUGUUUACAAACAAAAUGCUAAUCGAAGACCUGAUCCACAGCGCACGAGUAGCUCACGUUAUGCUGACUUCAACAAUAAACAACAUCAACUUCCAUCGCUCUUUCGACAUGUAUUUAUUGAUAAUUUGCGUGAGAUGGAUUUAGAUGUUUAUGUAGCUCGUGGAGAAGCUGAUCCGAUGAUAGUUCGACUGGCUCAAGAUCGGGAGGCAUAUAUUGUCGCUGCAGAUUCCGAUUAUAAUCUCUACGAACUUCCAAUGGGUUAUGUUCCAUUAAAAUUCUUCGAUUUGAAAAGACUUGAAGGACCACUUUAUCAAAUGACGGAUUUUUUCACUGGAAUGGAUUCAAGAGGUGUCAGUUUGUGGGCAUCAUUGAUUAAAUAUGAAUUUGUUGGUUUGACAAAGUUACAUGUAAGAAGAUUUCGAUUAGAAUGA